GUCAAAAAGCGUAGCCAUUUUAGAAAAUCAAAACAGAUUGAAAAUUUCGGUGCAUAAGAGCGCGAGUGCGGAAAGUGACUUUUUCGUGCGUGAAUCAAGCGUGAAAGUAGCUGGAAAAUGUUCUAAUCGGAUGGGAUUCGACCGCUUGUGCAGCAACCAUGUGGUUACGGAGCGAAACGCGCGACCGGCGGCUGCGCUCGAGCAGUUCCCGCGUCACGGUCAAGAAUAAAAAGCACGCAAAAUUUCACCCCUCAAAACCCGCGACCAAACGGGGCCCACUUCCAACGGUGACGACGCCCGGUGGCCGCAGUCGUCCGGUGGUCCGAACCAGUCCGCGACGGUCGGGAGGCGGUGGCCGAAGGAGCGAUAAGCCGCCGUCGGACGACGGAGUUGGUGGUGGUGGUGGUGGGGGAGGAGAGAACGAGAUUCCGGAGGAAUGCAAGGAAAACUGCUGGCAGGACAGCAACGAUCUCACGCUGUUUGACUCGGGCGUAGGGGUGAAGAGCUCGUACGAGGGUGCGACCAGUUUGUAUGCGAGGAAGGCGACGGAUGAGAUUGGUUCGCCGGACGAUUGUCUGAACCAGUUUGGGGUGAUCUCGUUCGAUGGGGGGAGUAAAACUUCGAUCUCUCAGCAGCCGGUUGAACCACUUAAAUCGAAAUGUGUCACCGAGUGUGACAGCACGACGGAGAUUGACUGCGACGUUAGCUAUCCCUCGACGUCCGGGUUCUGCAAUCGACGUCCUUUGUUACCGUCGCCACCGCCGUUGGAUGUGGUGGUUCCGGAGGUUGAUUCCACUACCGAUACGAUUCCGGACACGACGAACGAGCUGGAACCAGUCACCAGCAUAGUUCCCUCGUUUCAUCCGGCUUCGGCCUCGUCCUCGUCGUCAUCGUCAACGUCUUCUUCGUCGUCAUCGUUGUCCUCCACUUUUCAACCGGCCAGCUACAGCAGCUGCUCGUCGGUGACCGGUCCGGAAGAACAACCCGCCUCGAGCAGCUACUCCCCAAAUGCGACUUCGGCGACGGCGGAUCUGAUUUCGAUGUUCGACGAUGAGCACUACAAGAACGCGGGGGAUUUUCAGUACACGGACUUUCUGCCGUACAAUACGCUACUCACGCAAGCGCUGCUCAGCUGUGGCGACGUCUCUAGCCUCAAUCUCAACUGCGACAACAUGGCGACGGGGACCGGGAAUGAUUCGGGUGGCUUUCUUUCUUCGAUCAACCCGACGGCCAUUGAGAACUUGAAGGCGUUGACGAAUUUUCAAACGGUGGCAGCUGCUGCGGCCGCCGCCACUCUGGAAGAAACGAUGGCCGGGCCAAGCUCGAGCGGGGCGUAUUUGGGCCAGGAGCUGGUCGGGACGGAGUCGGAAUCGUUGAUCCACAACAUUGAGUGCACCGAAACGAUUGCGCUGUGCGGCAGGGCUGACGAGGGGGACGCCGGCGGUGCGAUGCAUUUGGAGUCGGACGAGUGCAUGGAGAUUGAGGAAUCGAACGACGCCCAGCACGAGCACGUCGCGUGGGAAACGUUCGAUCCGUACGUGUUCAUCAAGCACCUGCCGCCGCUGACGUGCGAGAUGCGGUCCAAGUGUCCGGCGCUGCCGCUCAAGACGCGCUCCAGUCCGGAGUUUAGCCUCGUGCUCGACCUGGACGAAACGCUCGUGCACUGCAGCCUGCAGGAGCUGUCCGAUGCGAGCUUCAAGUUUCCGGUGCUAUUCCAGGAGUGUCAGUAUACGGUGUUUGUGCGCACGCGGCCCUUCUUCCGCGAGUUUCUCGAAAAGGUUUCGCAAAUCUUCGAGGUGAUUCUGUUUACCGCCUCCAAGCGGGUGUACGCGGACAAGCUGCUCAACCUGCUCGAUCCCGAGCGGCGGCUAAUAAAGUAUCGUCUCUUUCGCGAGCAUUGUGUGCUAGUCAAUGGCAAUUAUAUCAAAGAUUUGACCAUUCUGGGGCGAGAUUUGUCCAAAACCAUCAUUAUUGACAACUCGCCGCAAGCAUUUGGAUAUCAGCUGGAAAAUGGAAUUCCCAUCGAGAGCUGGUUCAUGGAUCAGAACGAUUCCGAGCUGAUGAAGAUAUUGCCAUUCUUGGAGCGAUUAGCGGAAAUGAGAGAGGACGUGCGGCCGCACAUUCGCGAAAAGUUUAGGCUGUUUUCGUACCUUCCGCCGGAUUAAGGCGCGCACCGUCGCGCAGCCGGCGAUGACGACGACAGCAAACAAUCAGUAUCAAUAUCUCAUAGCUAAAGUGAAUUUGCAUCUCCUGCGCGCGCGCGCUCCACGUCUUUCCGGUGCGCGCGCGCUCUGUUUGAAGCGCGGGCUUCAUAAUUUAAUACCUUACUCUAAGCCAGAAAGAAGAAGAACAUUGAUCUAUAGAUAAAGAGAAAUUGCAUAAACAUACACAUUUAGACAAGGGCACACCAAAACAAACAUGAUUGUGUAACAAAAGCAUACAAAACAAUUAAGAAUUAAAAGUUUACAAACUCUAGAAGGGUAAGCAACACUAGAUGUUAAACACUAAAAAACAAACAAACACAAAAAAAAAACAAUUAAGAAACCAGAAACAUAACCGUGCAGUACACAGAAUAAUCGAUAAGCGUAAACUUAACCAAGCGAAACUAGAAUUUUUCCCUUGACCCAUUUGUAAGCGUUACUGUUACUUUUCACUUUGUUACUGUGGGUUUUGAAUCCUUUGCAGCAUUAACAAAAGUAAGUUGAAUAAUAACGUAAAGAACAAACAAGCAACAACAAAAUUAGAGUAGCAUGCAAUAUAAUGAUAACAAUACUAAUCAACGUAAAAAAAAACGAAAAAUAUUUAAUUAGAACUGUAGAGUUAGAUUUGCAGGAAAGGCAUAAUCAGAAUACUAAAUGAUGAAAGCAACUUAUUAUUGCAGAGAAUUUUUAAACGAUUAAGUUGUAAACAUAUACCAUUGUUUAUAUUGUCCUAUCGAUCAUUAUUGUUAUAAAUAAUUUGAUAUUAUUUCUAUUUAUUGAGGAGCUUGCUUGUAUCAUUUGCUGUAUGAUAUGAUUAUUUUAAAAGCAAUUAAAAUUAUACAUUUAUACACACACAAGCAUUGUUCGAUUAUGUACAGAGAAAAAAAGCAUUGAAACAUUGAUCAAAACAACGGUUUAACAAAAGAGCAAAAAAAAAGCGUGUUGAAUACCAAAACUCAUUGUCGACAAGAAAGAAAAAAAAGAAUCUUCCGGAUGUUGCGUUCCACAGGUUGGACCGUGUCCGAACGGGAGAGCUGUGAUGCAGAUUUUGUGAGCGCCAUCGACGACGGACCAGCUACUUUUUCACAGCUAUGAAUUGUCCACACUUUAUGCUUGAAAAGCAUUUUCUAAAGAGUGGCGCAAACAGGUUUUUUGAAACAAACUUGGAACAGGAAAACAAAAACAGUCCGGCUUUGUUUCAACAGCUGCUAGAAGCAACGGAAAACAGGAAAGCCCACUCGGAAAUAAAUUCAAUUGGUUAGUUCAAA